GUGCCGGUGCUGGCAAGCCGGGUUGGCCGGGCGAUCGGGGCCAGGGGCCUCGACGUGAGGUCUGUGCUCGCCGCGGCGCCGGGGGGCGUCGACCUCAGCCAGUGGCUCGAGGUCUGCCGCAUCUGGCAGGUGCCGCUCUCCCAGGCAGAGGCGCGCUCGCUGCACGCCGAGCUCGCGCGCGGCGCCGGCGCGUGCGUGCGGCCGGAGGACCUGGAGGCAGCCAUCAACCGCGCGGCGGUGCAGGGCGUGCCAGAGGAGCGCUGGGCGCGGGAGCUGGUCAGCGGCUGCGUGAGGCAGGCGAUGCAGGGCGGCAGGCCCAUGCCCGAGACGGCGCUCUCCUCACGCGGGGACGCGGUCAUCGAGGAAGAGCUUCGCGCGGCGUUGGGCCAGGGCGGGGGCAUCUCCAACGAGCAGUGGGCGCAGCUCCGGCUGCUGGUGGAGCGGCGGAUCGAUGACGGCCUGGUGCUGUGGCGGCCGUUCCUGAAGUGGGCGUGCGCCGGGCCUGCCGCCCUCGGCGUGGCCGCGGGAGAGGUGUGCAAGCGGCUCAUAGAGGCCAUGCACCGGCAGGCGUCGUCCGUGGACCAGGUGUUCGACGCGCUGGCCAAGGGCAAGAGCGAGGUGCUCUGGCCGGACUUCCGCGAGCUCUUCAUGAGGCUAGAGCCGCGGCUCUCUGACCAGGACCUCCAGACCCUGUGGCAGACGUUCGACAAGAAUGGCGACGGAGGCGUCUCCCGGGACGAGUUCCAGAGAGCCAUCGACACCAUCAGCGGCGUGGCGGACAGCGCCAUGCAGGACCUGUGCGAUCGCAUCCGGGUGUCACUCGAGCGCCAGGGCAGCACCGUCGACUCGCUGUUCAACGUGCUGGCCGGCGACGGCGGAGAGGUGCGCUACCCUGACUUCCGGGCGCUGUUCGCCAAGAUGGAGCAGAGCCUCACGGACCAGCAGCUCGAGCAGAUUUGGCAGGCGUUCGACAAGGACAGCAGCGGCAGCGUCUCGCGCGAGGAGUUCCACCGAGCGGAGCGCCUGCCCGGUGGCGACCUGUGGGCCGCCAUGCACAAGGUGCGCCCAGCGCUGCACGCUCAGAAGAUGUUCCUCUCCACCGCCUUCGAGUCGUGGGCGGGCAGCGCGGAGGCGCUGCUGCAGGAGGCGCAGCUGCGCGCGGGCCUGGCGGCGCUCGGCUGCGGCGUGACGGACGCCGAGGUGCGGGCCAUGUUCGAGAAGAUGGCCUCCGACCCACAGGCCGGAGCGACGCUCGGGGAGUUCGAGGGCCUCUUCAACAACGCCUCGGGCGGCGAGGGCUUCGACGGCUACGCGCGGAAGGUCAUCGAGAGCAUCGGGAGGGAGGCUCUGAACCAGAAGGGGGGGUCGUUCGCCGAGGCCUUCCAGCUGCUGGACAGUUUCGGCGAGUCCAAAUUCUCGGACAUGGAGUGGGCCCUCAUCGUGCCGAACUUCGGCGACCUCAACAUGACAGGCCCGCAGCAGGAUCGCCUGUGGGAGAUCGUCUGCGAGGCGUCUGGGCAUCAGAAGAGGUCGAUCGACGUUGUGGACUUCGAGCGCCUGUGGGGGCCCGACAGGCCGUUCGGGCGCAGGACGGUCGUCGUGCAGCCGCCGCCGGCGCAGGCUCCUGCUGGCUCCGCCCGCUCGGCCGAGGACGCGCACGGCGCGGUCGAGGGGGCCCUUCGGGCUCGAGACAUGCAGCAGGCCAUAUCGAUAUUGCUCAAGAUGGCGUGCAUGCACGCGCAGCUGCUGAGGGACUUGGCGGCGUCGGAGUGGGUGUGCCUCGUCAUCCCGACGCUGAGCUUCCUGGUGGUCGCAGGUCGAGGCGCAGGCAAAAUGUACGCGGAGGCGGCAGCCAUCGCGGCAGCGAAGCCCCAUCUGGGGCCACCACAUUUGUACAUAGCGCGCGGCGUGUUCAAGUCGAUGGUCGAAUCAGAGAAGCUACAGAAGUCGGGGACUCAGGCGUACCAAACCCUGGUCCUUUUUUACGAGAAGUUCGUGUCGAUCAGCUCGGCUGCGGAGCUAGGAUUAGUGAUCAGGCACUUCCGUCUGAAGAAGUGCUACAACGAGGAGUACACCCGACUGCAGUUCGCGAUCGGCGGGGACGUCACGGUGCAGCUGGCGGACGCUCAAGAGGGGUCGCCCGAGCGUCAUCUGAGCAAGCUGGAGGUGGAGCAGUCGAUCAUCAAGCUAGCUCAGCUGGAGGACGCGAAGCUCAAGCUCGGGACCGCCCCUCAGGGGCACUUGGAGACCAUGGCGCAGCGCAUCCUCGACAAGACGAAGCAAAAGGGCAAGGGCAAGGGCGCGAAGUAA